AUGGCCAAUCACACCACAGUGAGCACUUUCCUUCUCUGGGGAUUUUCCAGUUUCCCAGAACUGCAGGAUCUACUCUUUGUCGUGAUCUUCAUUUCCCACCUGACCAUCCUCAUGGCCAAUGUGUCCAUAAUGGUAGCCAUCAAGCUCAGCCACAGCCUUCACACCCCCAUGUACUUUUUCCUCUUUGGCCUGUCCUUGUCAGAAACCUGCACCACGAUGGUAAUCCUGCCUCGCACAUUAGUGGACUUGUUGUCAGAGAGCAAGACCAUUUCCCUCCCUGAGUGUGCCACACAGAUGUUUUUCUUCUUUGGCUUAGCGGCCAACAACUGCUUCAUCAUGGCUGCUAUGUCCUAUGACCGUUACACUGCCAUCCACAGCCCGCUGCAGUACCCCGUUCUGAUGACAAGGAAGAUCUGCUUCCAGCUCAUGGCAGCCUCUUGUGUGGUUGGGUUCCUGAUUUCUCUGUCCAUUGUCCUUAUAGUGUUUGAUCUGUCCUUUUGUCACUCCAAUACUAUCCAACACUUUUUCUGUGACAUCUCACCUGUAGUUCACCUUGCUUGUGAUUACACAUCCCAUCAUGCCCUGGCUAUUUUUGUGCUGUCUGCCUUUGUGCUGGUGGGCAGCUUUGUUUUAAUUAUGAUUUCCUACGUCUUCAUUGUGUCUGUGGUUGUGAAGAUGCCUUCUGUAAAGGGCCGGUACAAGGCCUUUUCAACUUGCUCUUCCCACCUCACAGUUGUGUCUAUGCACUAUGGGUUUGCUGGCUUUGUCUAUUUGAGGCCCAAGAGCAGUGAUGCCUUCUGUGAAGACAUGCUCAUGGCCGUGAGCUACACUGUGUUGACGCCUCUGCUCAACCCCAUCGUUUACAGUUUACGGAACACAGAAAUGCAGACAGCACUCAGGAAAGUCCUGGGCAGUGCAAUUAACAUUUUCCCUUGGUUGACAAAUAAAAAAGCCCUGGGUAUUUAA